GGUGAAGAUGAACAAAAGCCUUCAAUCCGUGAACACCCUAUGACAGGAGCACCCCCAGGCCCCAUUGUACCUGAGGUGUCCUGCUGACAGUAAGCCCUGGUUCCCACCUGUGUGCCUGCAUGAGGAAUAUAGACCAGCCUGACAGAGCCCAGAAGCUAAGGGUCACUGCAGUGUCUCUGCCAGCCUCACCAUGAACCUGGAGCCACCCAAGGCCGAGAUUCGGUCGGCCACACGGGUUAUAGGAGGACCAGUUACGCCCAGGAAAGGACCGCCUAAGUUUAAACAACGGCAAACCAGGCAGUUCAAGAGCAAGCCCCCCAAGAAAGGCGUUCAAGGGUUUGGGGAUGACAUCCCUGGAAUGGAAGGCUUGGGCACAGACAUCACUGUCAUCUGCCCGUGGGAGGCCUUCAACCACCUGGAGCUGCAUGAACUGGCCCAGUAUGGCAUCAUUUAGUCAAUCCCGGCUGUGAGAGUCCCAUGAAAGGCCUCCUGAAGACCUCUCUGCCCCACCACCCUCUGUAAGACCUGCCCAGGACCCCCGCCCAAGCCUGAGCCUGAAUCCCAACCUGAGUCCCUAGCCAGGUUGUCCCCAGCCUCCAGGGACACAACUUUAUGCCCUGACACCAGCUACCAAGAGCCUACAGCCUCCCACAGGACACUCUGGUGACCUGAAGUUACGGGUUAGAAAAAGGAAGGGAGAGGGACCUAGCCCCACCUCCUAUUCUUCUUAUGGCUGGAGUACAGGGUUGAGCUCCCCAGAAGUGUUUCCCUACACUGCCUUCUGUGGACAGGGAAGUUCCUCUGCCCCGCAACCCUUCCAGAUGGGCGUCUGGAGGUGGGACACUGUCCUGGGGUCUCUGGUGAGAGAGGCUGAGGCUACUGCACUUUAUACCAGCCUUCCCGACACACUCUGUCCUUGUCCCUGUUUCUAAAUAAAAUUAGCAUCUCCUUGCUUAUCCGAGGUGCCCUGAUGGAGUACGGUCCCUACAGUAGGGUUGCUUUAUCUGCACCAUGGAGGGAGGAGGGUUCAGAGUGUGUGGAAGUAGGAGAGACGGGCAAGAAAGAGAAACAGAAAACUCCUCAGAGGUUUGGCCUAGAGGUCCUAGGUAUAUGAGCCUGACCCUGCCCCUCACUCCUGGUGGCCAUAGUCAAUGAAGCAGACUCUCCAAGAAGUUAGGAAAGGACAAAAACUAGAAACCUACACACAGACACCCAAUGAGCAGCCCCACGGCCCAGCCAGUCCAUCCUAAGACCGAACUGACACCUGCCGCACACCCCAGUAACCUGAGGAUUCCACACAUAGAGGUAAGACAUAUAGGCACACA